AUGCCUCCAGCCUCUCCCACAUCACCCACCAGUAGUACCGCCGGCGGCAACAAAUCCCCCACCGCGGCAGCAUCAGCGGCCGCCGCCGCCGCCGCCCGGCUGCACCGGCCGAUCCUGCAAUCGCUCCCGGACACGCGGCAGCAGUCCUUCGACGAAAUCUACGGCCCGCCCGAGAACUUCCUCGAGAUCGAGGUGCGCAACCCGCGCACGCACGGCAUCGGCCGGCACAUGUACACCGACUACGAGAUUGUCUGCCGCACAAACAUACCCGCCUUCAAGCUGCGCCAGAGCAGCGUGCGGCGGCGCUACUCGGAUUUCGAGUACUUUCGCGAUAUCCUCGAGCGCGAGUCGGCCCGCGUCACCAUCCCCCCGUUGCCGGGAAAAGUGUUUACCAACCGCUUCAGCGACGACGUGAUUGAGGGCCGCCGCGCGGGGCUGGAGAAGUUCCUCAAGAUUGUGGUGGGACAUCCGCUCCUCCAGACGGGGAGUAAGGUUCUGGCUGCUUUUGUGCAGGAUCCGAACUGGGACCGGAAUGCCUGGUGA